AUGUCUCCAGACUCUAAUUCAUCUUUGAGGGAGAGGCAGAUUGCUGCAAUCGAGAAACUACUCGUGUUGAAUGCUGCUAAUGCAUCGACUGACCUGACGUCAGGCCUUGACGAUCAAGAACUCGUUUGGAAGGCUUUGGUGCUUGAUGCCAAGAGUACAGCGAUCAUUUCCUCUGUUAUGCGUGUCAACGACCUUUUGAGGUCAGGCAUCACGGUCCAUUAUUCAAUUACGCAGAACAGAGCUCCACUACCGGAUGUUCCGGCGAUAUAUUUUGUUCAACCAAAAAAGGAGAACAUCGACUUGAUUGUGAUGGACCUCAAAGGGGACAAGUAUGCUGAUUUCUACAUCAAUUUCACUUCUUCACUACCAAGAGACAUGCUAGAGUACCUAGCCAGUGAGGUUGCUUCACUUGGGAAGGCAAGCAGAAUUAAACAGGUUUAUGACCAGUAUUUGGACUUCAUUGUGACCGAACCGGAACUUUUCUCUCUUGAGCUUCCUGAAACAUAUCUGAAGAUCAACAGUCCAGUCUCCAGCGAGGAUACAAUCACCCAGCUGUGUGACACAAUUGCUGAUGGACUUUAUAAUGUUAUCCUCACUCUUGAUUCUGUUCCAAUAAUUAGAGCGCCCAGGGACGGCCCAGCAGAAAUGGUGGCCCAGAAGUUGGAUAGCAAGUUACGGGACUAUGUUAUCAAUACAAGAUCGAACACAAAUUCAUCUACGAACACAAACUUGGAGCGGUUCGUGUUGGUUAUAUUGGACAGGAACAUUGACCUACCUUCAAUGUUUGCGCAUUCGUGGAUCUACCAAUGUUUAGUAUUUGACGUAUUCAAUCUCUCCAGAAAUACGAUUUCAGUACCGAAUACUGAUGAAAAGGGACAACCCACAUAUAAGAAGAUGGAUAUUGAGCCUAAAGACUUCUUUUGGACGACAAAUGCGCACUUGCCGUUCCCAGACGCAGUGGAGAAUGUCGAAAAUGCAUUGGCAGACUAUAAGGCCGAGGCGGAAGCGAUAACCAGGAAGACAGGCGUUGACAAUAUAGGCGAUUUAGAUCCUAACUCUCAAAAUGAUACUUUGCAAAUUCAGGAGGCAGUGAACAAGUUGCCGGAACUGACUGCUAGGAAGAAUAUCAUUGAUACACAUAUGAAUGUUCUGGCUGCGUUGUUGAAAGAGCUAGAAAAUAAAGGGUUGGAUUCGUUCUUUGAAAUGGAGCAACAAAGUGACUCUGCUAAGGUGAGGCAAGCAUUCAUGGACGUUUUGAAAGAUGGCAAGACCAAUAACCUCAAGGACAAGUUAAGGACAUACAUAAUCAUCUAUUUGACUAGUUCGGAGAAGCUUCCCGAUCAAUUCGUCCAACAUGUUGAGAGUUACUUCAAAGAUAAUAAUUUCGAAACGCCAGCGUUGAAGUACAUCUAUAAGUUGAAGGAGCUUGCAAACAUAUCUAGCAUGCCAUUGCGUAGCGAACCUGCUAUUCAUGACUCAAAGGUUCAAGUGGGCGCUGGAAAUUCUUCACAGCUAUUAUCCGGCCUAUCGAAUAAGUUGCUAGGCCUUACAGAAGGGAAGAUACAAGGUGGUGUAGGAUCGCUUAUCUCAGGCAUGAAGAAGUUUUUACCUGAAAAAAAGGCGAUUCCUGUUACAAACGCAUUGGCGUCUGUUAUGGAUCCCUUGAAUAGCUCACAGAGCAGUUUGGAGGCGACAGAUGAUUAUCUGUAUUUUGAUCCACGGGUAAUGAGGGGGGCUCAUUCCCAGAAGCCAAAAAGACAGUCUUAUAACAAGGCGUUGGUUUUUGUUGUUGGCGGUGGCAAUUACAUGGAGUACCAGAAUUUACAGGAAUGGGCACAUCAACAGGGUAGUUCCAAAAAGGUCAUCUAUGGUAGUACAGCUAUCAUAACCCCCUCUUCGUUUUUGGAGGAACUCUCCAAACUCGGCUGA